AUGGAGUAAAAAUGCACAGUUUAGAAUCAGAAUUCAUAUCUAAGAUCUAAAUAAGGUGAAUUUGUUGUAUUUAAUUCCUUAUGUCUCAGGAAGAUAUGUGAUAUUGCUACAACAAAAGAAAUUAUAAUACUGAUGCAGAAUGUUCAAAAUAUUAGUAAUAAUGUGCUGUUGUCAAGAUAGGAGAAUGCCGAUCCAGAACUAUGUGCUCAGGCUACUUUUCUGAACUGGAUGUGCAUUCAAUAGAAAUUGUGGAUAAUUCUUCUGGAAUCCAACUCUUAAGAAUUAUGUUGA